UGAGGGCGCUCUAACGCGGAAGUGAGUGCGGAAGGAUUACUAGCUUCCUGAAAGUACCAGAGGUUCUGGCUACUCUUUCUGUAACAUAAUAAGUUUACAAGACGUUUAAUCAUGUCGAAAAACACGGUAUCGGAUCGCUUUAGAAAGGUUGACGUCGACGAAUAUGACGAGAACAAGUUUGUGGACGAAGAAGAAAAAGGCGGAGAGAAUCAACUGGGUCCAGACGAGGCCGAGGUCGAGUCCCUCAUCAGACAAGGGAACACGAUGGGGGCGCUGCAGGCCGCACUGAAGAACCCACCAAUCAACACCAAGAACCAGAACGUCAAGGACCGAGCUGAGGGUCUGAUACUGAAAGUCCUCACUGCCUUUAAGACUAGCGAUAUCGAGAAAGCGGUACAGUCACUGGAUAAGUCUAAAGUGGAUCUGCUUAUGAAAUACAUCUAUAAAGGAUUUGAACGGCCAUCAGAGAACAGCAGUGCAGUGCUGCUUCAGUGGCAUGAGAAGGCACUUUCUGUAGGUGGUGUGGGCUCCAUUGUGCGAGUGCUCACAGCUAGAAAAACCGUGUAACACACUCCAGCAGGAUGCCUUGGCAGCGCUGGCACAGGGAUUGGCUGGCACAACCUCAGCGCCAGGCUCAUCGUUACACUGUGGAGGACGUCAGCCUCUCUCUCUCUCUCUCUCUCUCUCUCUCUCUCUCUCUCUUUCUCUCUUUUCUUGUUCUGUUUUUCUGUGAUUUUUCUACUCUCAUUACAUUGCUCCUGUUCUGGGUUUUGUCCAGAGACGACAAAGCACAACAACUCAGAUCUGUAUAUCACCUGAGCAGCAGCAUUCCUAAGUGGAUUUGCAGAUCUGAUCUCUGUUCUUCACAUGUUUACAAAAGCAGAUGUUCCGUUAUCUCCAUCUGCUCCACCUCUUACACCCCAAGAAACUGUUAAAAUAGCUUUGAAUGAAUUAAGAUGUAUGUAAUUCUGGUAUAUUAUGAUUAUAUAUACUGGAACGUACGAGUGUUUCAGAUAUGGCCGUAGACUGUUGUCCUGUAUGUUUUGUUAUGUAAGCUGAAAUGUCAUACGGUCUCUCACCAAACAGUUACCUAAUGCUAAUCAGCUCAUAUAAGGGCAUGGAUAGCAUACAUGCGUGCUUAGGAAAUCUGCAGGGCUUGGAUCCAGUGUUUUGGCACUUUUAUAUCACAAACUGACUUACAAACUAUGCCUUUGUCUUGCAAGCAUCUGACUAAUGUUAAAGGUUUAUCCAAAAUAAAGACUGUGUUCGGUUAUAACUAGUGGUAGGACAGUAUAGUGUUUAAUACAAAUAGGUACACGGAGCUUCGGGGUACUGGUAUGCAUCACUUAUCUAGGUGUAAAUAUCCUUGUGUGAAAAGUACUAAAAAGUUUUAAACAUUUAAUAGAGAGGAAUCUCAGAGAACCUUGUAGUUCUGCAUUUCUCUACAUUAAAGUACUAGAUGGUACUUUUUUUACUUUUUUUUACUAAGUGAAAAACUGAACCGUCAAACAGCAACCGCAGCUCCUUUGUGGUUUAUGUGGCAUUAAAAUAUGGGCUUGUUAACAAGAAACGUCCAUGCAAACAGCCUUCCAGCGUUAAAGAUGUCAGGUGUAACAGCUGAAACAACUGAGUUCACAAGAUGUGAUGCAAUAUUGACGUUUCUCAUCAUAGCCGAACCUGUGUGGAGAUUCACAUAGCACUUGACGCUGUGUGUGAUUAGACGUGUCAGUUCUUACAAAUCCAACAUCACGUCUGUGGAAAAAGGUCAUAUUCUUGAUAGUUUAUUCUUGCUUCCACAGUCGCUACACCUUUAUAUUGUCCGUAUAUAAAACUUGACCUCUAUAACCGUUUAGCAUAUUAAAUAAACGACUUCCCGUUUUGAAACUUAUUAAAUGCACGUGACGAUCGUAUGAACUUCGUACAGUUUUCUUGCAAUACCGCUCCAACCUUGAGUUAUAGCUGAACAUUUUCAUUUUGGCUUUAUUUUAUUAGACACACUGUUCCUCAUGGAUUUCAUUUUAUCAACAACAGGACAAGCCAAAGACUGCUUCAGCAUCAGCAUGCAGAUUUGAUCAAAUAAAAUCAACUGAGUAUUGUACUGAAACAUGUUUAUGUAUAUCUUGAUCACGUUUGGGUGUAGAAGCUGAUUUCAGAGAGGCUGAACACAAAUAUAACGAGCGAGGGUGUGUGUGUGUGUGUGCGUGCGCGCGCGCGUGUGCUUGCAUUCCCUCUAUAUUGUGUGGAUUUGGGGAAUUGUUCUUAUUGUAGUCUUUAUGUAGUCAAUCAGUGAAGCCAUAUGUGAUGAACAGACUGACAUGGCCAUGUGUGAGAGUUUCUAGUGUUUUGCAUAUCAUUCAUUUGAUCAAGUGCGAAUACAACGUAACAGUUUACCAAUUGCCUUAUGAAUUAUUCCUUUUAUAACGUGUUGUCCAUCUGCAAGCAAUAAAAAUUGUAUUAAAUGAAA